GCGCGCGACCCCCUCGGGACCCCGCCGGCGACCCGUAGCGCGGGCGCGCGCGUGUCGCAGCCCGCUGGAAGGAGGGUCCGGCCCGAGGCCCGGGGCGGCGGCCGCCAUGGAGAUCGCGUGUGCCCGGGGCCGGCGCCUGGGGCCCGGGGGGCGGCCCUGACCGCGCCUCCCCGCCCUGCCCGGGUCGCGGACGCGCCCCCGGCGGCCCCCCGCGCCCGCCGCGGCUCCGCCCGCCAGGGCCGCGCCGCUGCCCCGUUGGAUGGGCCGUGAGGGCCCGGGUCUGAGGUGCUGGCGGACGCGGCCUCCGGGGGCGCAAGGCGGCAGCAGCGGUGGCGACCAAACGGGUGUUGGAGUUGGCGGCGGCCAUGGAGGGCCUGGCUGGCUACGUGUACAAGGCGGCCAGCGAGGGCAAGGUGCUGACCCUGGCCGCCCUGCUGCUCAAUCGCUCCGAGAGCGACAUCCGCUACCUGCUGGGCUACGUCAGCCAGCAGGGCGGCCAGCGCUCCACGCCGCUCAUCAUCGCGGCCCGCAACGGCCACGCCAAGGUGGUGCGCCUGCUGCUGGAGCACUACCGCGUGCAGACGCAGCAGACCGGCACCGUCCGCUUCGACGGGUAUGUCAUUGAUGGUGCCACUGCGCUCUGGUGUGCUGCAGGAGCAGGACAUUUUGAAGUCGUUAAACUUCUAGUCAGCCAUGGAGCCAAUGUGAACCAUACCACAGUAACUAACUCGACCCCUCUGCGGGCGGCAUGCUUUGAUGGCAGACUGGACAUUGUGAAAUACCUGGUUGAAAACAAUGCCAACAUCAGCAUUGCCAACAAGUAUGACAACACCUGCCUGAUGAUUGCAGCAUAUAAGGGACACACUGACGUGGUCCGAUACCUGUUAGAACAACGUGCUGACCCAAAUGCUAAAGCACAUUGUGGGGCCACUGCAUUGCACUUUGCAGCUGAAGCUGGGCACCUUGACAUUGUGAAGGAGCUGAUAAAAUGGCGAGCUGCAAUAGUGGUGAAUGGCCAUGGCAUGACACCAUUGAAGGUUGCGGCAGAAAGCUGUAAAGCCGAUGUGGUGGAACUGCUGCUCUCUCAUGCUGAUUGUGAUAGAAGAAGUCGGAUUGAAGCAUUGGAACUGUUGGGUGCCUCCUUUGCAAAUGACCGUGAGAACUAUGACAUCAUGAAGACAUACCACUAUUUAUAUUUAGCUAUGUUAGAGAGGUUUCAAGAUGGUGAAAACAUUCUUGAAAAAGAGGUUCUCCCGCCAAUCCAUGCUUACGGGAAUAGAACUGAAUGCAGAAACCCUCAAGAACUGGAAUCCAUUCGGCAAGACAGAGAUGCUCUUCACAUGGAAGGCCUGAUAGUUCGGGAACGGAUUUUAGGUGCUGACAAUAUUGAUGUUUCUCACCCCAUCAUUUACAGGGGCGCUGUUUAUGCAGAUAAUAUGGAGUUCGAACAGUGUAUCAAGUUGUGGCUUCAUGCCUUGCACCUCAGGCAGAAGGGUAACAGGAAUACCCACAAGGAUCUUCUUCGAUUUGCUCAAGUGUUCUCACAGAUGAUACAUUUGAAUGAAACUGUGAAGGCCCCAGACAUAGAAUGUGUUUUGAGAUGCAGUGUUUUGGAAAUAGAACAAAGUAUGAACAGAGUAAAAAAUAUCACAGAUGCUGAUGUCCACAGUGCUAUGGACAAUUAUGAAUGUAAUCUGUAUACUUUUCUGUAUUUAGUGUGCAUCUCUACCAAAACACAGUGCAGUGAAGAAGAUCAGUGCAAAAUCAACAAGCAGAUAUACAACCUGAUUCAUCUUGACCCCAGAACUCGGGAAGGCUUCACCUUGCUGCACCUAGCCGUCAACUCUAAUACCCCAGUUGAUGAUUUCCACACCAAUGAUGUCUGCAGCUUCCCAAAUGCACUUGUUACAAAGCUCCUGCUGGACUGUGGUGCGGAGGUGAAUGCCGUGGACAAUGAGGGGAACAGCGCCCUCCACAUUAUUGUCCAGUACAACAGACCCAUCAGUGACUUCCUGACCCUGCACUCCAUCAUCAUCAGCCUGGUUGAAGCAGGCGCCCACACCGACAUGACAAAUAAGCAGAACAAGACUCCACUAGACAAAAGUACCACUGGGGUAUCGGAAAUCCUACUUAAAACUCAAAUGAAGAUGAGUCUCAAGUGCCUGGCUGCCCGAGCAGUUCGAGCUAAUGACAUUAACUACCAAGACCAGAUCCCCAGAACUCUGGAAGAGUUUGUUGGAUUUCAUUAAGUGGCUGGACAUGUAAAAUCGUUUAAUGUGGUGCUAAAAAGUAAAGGACUUUAAUCACAGACAAUAGAAUUAUGUGUUCAUAAAUUCUACUUUUCUUUCCAUUACCCUUCUUCCAUCCUUAAAUCCGUCUAUGGUCUUGUUGCCUCAGUAUAGUUGGUAAUAGGUUUCAGACACACUUUAAGCAAAGCCACAUUGUCUAGGUAUCACUUAAGGUGUCACUUAAUAUUUGUCUUUUUUUUUUUUUUUUUAAGGAACCAAUAUAAGAUUCUGUUUGUGUGAUAAGGGAUGUUUGUGAUUUCAAGUUGAUGUUCUGAACAGCCCUACAAAAGUAUUUCUGUUAAGUGUAUGUCAGCUCAUUAUCCAUGCAGCAGUUCUGAGGACUUCAUGGAGACAAGGAACACUAAAAGUAAUAGGAAGUCCAGGAGUUCUGACAUUUCAACUGCUGCAGAUGUUUUUCCCUCUUCCAUUAUGUAUGUAGAGUGAUCCCACACAUUUUAACAGGAAGACUUAAAAAAAUGCAGCUGCAGGUUAAUGAGAAAAAAAUGUGCUAAUUUAAUAUAGCUACAAAUUCGUAACAUUAAGCUCAUUGAAUUUGUUCCAUUGUGCUGGGUAGUAUAUUCAAAGUCAUAACCUUAAACCAACUUUUCAAAGAAUACUGAUGGACUGUCUUUAGGAUUGAAUUCUUUGAAGUCUCUGUUUUAAUGUAAUUGAUCUAAACUACAUUUGAUUCAGCUUAUAGACAUGUAAAAAUAAUGAAUUCUGUGUUUGUUUGUUUUUUUAUGAAACAAAUUGUCUCCCUCUCCUUUUCCUAUUAUGUUGUACCUUUUAAAAUUUGGGAAAUUACUUUUCCAGAGAGCAUUUAUUUGCCUCUUUAGACAGAUGAGAAAGAACUAGGAUAUAUAUAUAUAUAUAUAUAUAUAAUAUUUUUUUUUUUUGUUUUCACCUAGUCCAUUAUAAGAAAUAGGAAACUCAGUUGUGUGGUAUAGGAAAUUGUUUUUUUGAUGAUGGAAAUAAUUCUCAAUGCCACUGGAAAGGUACGCGUCUGUCAGCUGCAGGUUUUUCUACCACAGAAUGUCACUUAUCCAACAGGUUGUACAGAGGUCUUUAUUUUUUGUUGUUGUUAUUUUAACAGCAACUUUUUAAAUAUCAAACUAAAAGUAUUCUAUGAUUAUUUUUUAAGCCUCACAGAAAAAGGUAAAAUUAAAGGUAUGUACCUAUUUCUGUUGAUGUUGAAAAUGAUAAUGAAAGUAAAAUUAGCUGUAUCUUAAUUUUCUCUCUAGUGCCAAAUGAAUGCCUUCGCUAUCUGUAGUGCAUGGUACUGUAUGUGAAGACACAGAUUUUUUUUUCCUUUGAUGAAAAGCAUUGUAGUGAUGUAUAACAUCAGAUGUAAACUUAAAAAAAAAAAACUAUAAGAUUUCAAUAACAUUUUAAUUAUGGAGAUUGCAUUGAAAGAUAUAAGAGAAAGGUUGCAGUUGAAUCACUUAUAAGAAACCACGACUAAGCCAAAAUCAGUACCUUAGGGCCUUAAGUAAGACCCCACACACAAAAUAAAAUACUUUGAAGGGGGCAGGGAAGGGAGAUUCUUGAAACUUUCCCUUAGGAAGGUUCAAGAUCCAGUUGCUUCAGUUCUUGGUGUGUCUUCUUGCUUCAGUUAGGAAUGUUUGGAUGGCAGAUACUGUCAUGGUAAUAGAUUUCUAUUUUCCUAACUUGAAGUUUUACAAGGAAGGUUUUAAGGAUGGCAUUAGAAUGGACCCUGAUUUGUAAAUUAACUGACCCUGAUCCUGAAUCAAGGAUAUACUGUACCUUGCUCUUGGCAAUUCUCAGUGGCCUGAAAGAAAAUACAUUUCCUCAAGGUGAGUGAGUCAUACCUUCCCCAAGGUUCUGAUCAGAUGGACCCUUUGUUUUUCAGAGUAUCAGGAUGGUGCAGUGAAGCGUGAGGAAAUAGAUGGAAUACUUGGUACUCACUUGGUCCAUUUUUAAUAUAUAUGAUUUUUAAACACCAGAACUUACAGUACUAGGUAAUGUUGCAUGUUUUAAAACCACAUUUCAUACCCCUUCACUAUACCGGUCCAGCACUAUUUUAGACGUGACUUAUUUAUAAAAUGAGGAUAAUGAUUUUAUGUACAUAGUCACAUCAGAAUUUAAUGACAGUUUUUGCAAAGGGAAUACUGAACUGGAGAAAAUGAACUGUGCUGAUUAAAGAACUGGCAGAGUUGGAGGAAGAAUUUGAAGAAAGCAGAAUAAACUGUGCUACUGGUAAUGAUUUUUGCUUACUAUAGUGUAGUAGUACAUUGUGCACUCUUGUUGAAGAUCUAACUUUUUUGUCUUGUGAUAUCAAUCCAAAUAAGCAUUGUGAAUACCUGCAUAAAGCCAUUCUUGAAACAAGUGAUCUACAGGCCUGUUACUUACAUUUGUUUUGGUAGAAUUAUUUUAAAAUACAUAUAGCCAAAUUCUUUAUAAACUUACAUUUUUAAGGGAAAAUAGGUAAGAAGGUGAUAGUUCUGUAUCUCAGCACAUUAGGCUGCUUUCACUUUGCAGCCGCCUUUGUCAUUUAAUGUUUCUUAUUGUAAAAAUGAUGCUUUGAACAUUAAUGCUUCCUUGAUAACAUUACAGAUUCCCUCCAACUUCUCCAUCCUGCCUGGGAAGUGUCUAUAAAUCUGGAUGAACUAGAGCCCAGGGGGACAUUUUCAUUUGUAAAUCAUGUGGAACUUAAGUGGGUUUUCCACUUUCAAUGGAGUCAGUGAAAUUGGGCUCUUCAGUUUUUAGUAACUAUUUACUGUCUAGUAACCCAGGGAUUGGGCGGCAAAUCCAUGCCCCUCAGUAGACAACAAAGGGCAGCAUUUUGCAUAAAAACUGAGUCUGAUGGAUUAGCUACCUUCAGUCCACCCUGGAUUGCGCUUUUAGCCCAGUUGUCCCAAGGUUCUUUGCUGUGGCAACUUUAAACACACACCAGAUAGAGGGCCAUCUGCAAGCUUUGGUCUUGCUUGUUCCUGAGAAGUUUUAUUGUACGAAUAGUUGAUUCAUGAUUGGUAAUUCUGAAGACUGAGGUAUGAUAGCAUUAUUUGAAGUAAAAUAUGAUUUAGGGCGAUACCUCUAAAUGCCAGCACUGCAUUUGCCAAGUGUUUUUAAAAAUUAAAAAUUUAAGGGAGCAGCACUCUGUUAGCGGUUUCCAUCAAAGUAGACGCGCUUGCUCUCUAAAUGAGACCACUUUGCCUGCUUUUGGAAUGGGGUGGCCUGAGGAGUGAGUUGUCAAACUUUGGAUUCCAUUUGCUGGUUUUAGAGGUAGCCAGUGCUUGAACUAGUGAGUAGAUGGAGGAAAGUACAACAAUCUUGUUUUUAUGAUAGAUAUUCUGUAAAAAUCUGAAGUGUUUCAGCUUGCUAGAUGUGUCAAUGCACAGACAAGUCUUUUGCUUUUCUCACUGGCUAUACUGUACUAUUAAAAAGGGCACAAGAAAAUAAAAUUCUGCCCUUUGCUUUAUUAAAGGUUUUGGUCCAGAAUUUUUUAAGCUGUGUUCCUGCCUACUCUGCAAAUGCAGCUUUGUAGUGGACAUCCUCUUCAAAGGGGAACGCUUCUUACGUCUUAUCACAUUAUAGGACUUUCUUAUGGCAGACCUGCGCAAACCUUCAGACGGGAUGGGCUGUACAAAUACAGGAUCUGAAACAAACACUACACCAGUAAUGACGAUCUAGUUUUAAAGCUGUAAAUGUGGUCUCUAGUCCUAGACUUGUGGUGUUUACUUUUGUCUGUUAAUGUGUAGGGAAGGGUCAGUGAGUUGAUGGUCUUGGGAGUCUACCUUGCUGUUUGAGGAGGGGUGAAUAUUGCUAAGUCAUUAACAGCUUUUCGUUUAGGGUGAGUCAUGUGCGAGCGGCCCUGUGAGAACAGUGGAGCAGCCCAGACGCAAGCUUCCCUAGUGAUGGAGCCAACAGGUUUUGUAUCUCUUUUUUAUCAGAUGUAAAAUUUGUGCAUGGCUUUUUUUGUUGUUGUUGCUUAGUAAUUGUCAGAGAAGACCAUGCGAGGAAAAGUCUCAGCUUUCUCAAGCAGUCUUUUCAGAGGCACGUAGCUGGGGAGUCACAGCUGACCGGCCUAACCUAUUGAAAAGAUCCUGUCCUUUAUAAUAUUCACCCCGUCCUGCAGUCUCCCCGUAGAGGAGCCACAUUGUUGUAUUCUAGUAAUUCACUGUGAUUUAUAAUAAACCAGUGGUGUCAUUCUAUUGUGCACUUUGUCAAACCUUUUACGUGACUUUAAUAAACUUAGUAAAUUUGCUGGCUGCACCAGA